CAAGAAAGGAAGACAAGCAGCCCAAGGAGACUGCCGAGCUGAUGAUUUCGGUCGAGGAUUUCGCGCGCACCAGAGAUUCGGUGAGUCGCGACUUUGUUUUGAACGCGCCCUCAGAUGCGCGCUCUCAUGCCGACAUUUGAACUUUGACCCGCGCCACAGCACAUGUCAUGCGAUUAUCCCCUAGAGCCUGGCUUCUUCAGCUCAAUUGCAUCCCUGUUGCCCAAUAUGGCUGCGCGCCCGCCUUUCCUGGGGCACGCGCAGGCGCGUGAAGCCGUCGCGGGCCAUCACGCGUUCUCGCGCAAGCUCUUGGACAUCAUCGCACAGCUUCAAUUGCUCCUAGCUCAAUUCAGACGCGAUCCUAACCCGUCCGUGUUCUACCAGGUCGUCACCGGCUUGACUACUCUGCAGACUGCCGUCACCGACCUUCUGCGCUCCUACAUCAAACACACCAACUCGGUCCUGGGAUCUACCCCCCACGGCCUCGACACCCUUGGCAUCUCCAACCCUCUCGGCUCCGACCUUCUGUCUGGCGCCCUGCGCAACGUUUCGCCCGGCGACAUCCUUGCUGCUCCUGCGCCUGCCGCUACCGCUGGCCAAGAAGCUGCCGAGCCUCCCAAGAAGGGCCGCAAGCCCAAGAAGGAGAAGAAGGAAAAGGACCCCAAUGAGCCCAAGCGCCCACUCACCAUCUUCUUCCUGUACUCCGCGUCUGCCCGUCCGGUUGUGAAGGAAGACCUCGGUGUCGAAGCUACCAAGGGCCAGGUUGAGAAGGAGAUCCAAAGGCGCUGGAACGCCCUUCCCGAUGAGGAGAAGCAGGUAGGAUCUAUCUUUGCUUCGUCUGAUCAGCUUCACUGACAAUGAUGUAGCCAUGGAAGGACCUCUACGAUAAGAACCGCCAACAGUACUUGAAGGAGAUGGAGGAGUACAAAGCCACAAAGGGCGAGGAAGC